GAAAUUCUCUAGAUUUUCAAUUUUGGUAGCAUUUCAAGCAGUAGCUUUCUGGUGAUUUACACUGAUGUUGGUUCGUGUUGGCACGUGUAUGCUCCCGUUUUCAUGCAAGACACUCAAUCGGAGGUACCUCCCCUCCCUAUCUACCCUUCUACGAUUUUACACGUCUAAUUCAAAUGGACCGGUAGGCGCACCACCAACAUCAUCACCCUUGUCUGUUGAGCAAUCGCGCCCGCCCCCUUCAAAGAAGCGAGAUUCUAUAAACAGUGUAACCUUGGUUGGCGUUGCACACGACAUCCAAACAGGGUAUGUCUUUGAGGACGCUGUCACUCAGUUUACACUCACAACUACCAGCCUCGAUACCACAAACCCCACUCAGGAGUGUGUCGUGGAAAAAGAUCACCACACAAUCCGCUGCUUUGGUGACAUUUUCUCGCAAGAAAUCAAAACUAAGCUGAAGGAGGGUAACAUUGUGUGUGUGAAUGGGCGCCUGCGAUUGAACCCACAGUUGGAGCCCGCAUGCAAUAAGUACUUUUACUUUCCUUUUAUUCACGUGCAACCCCCUAAUGGCCAGGUUAUGGUGGUGUACGGUGACCGCCGUGCACCUCCUUCUCUGGUGGAAGCGUCGAGCGGGGAAAUCCAAUCUAACUCUUCGGAGGAAAGCAAGUGAGAGAAUCAUUACGUAAUAGGGUUAUUUCUAACGUUUAUUGUGGACUACUUUCUGGUUUCCUAUUGUUGUUAAGGGAUUGAUUCUAUUCGCAUAUAUUUAAUCUAAUAGACGUCUGUAAUGAAGUUUACUAUUUGUUACAUUUAUCCUAUGAUUUUCUCUUUUCAGCAUUUUACCCGUUUUUUUUCAUCCAUGUCUGCAUAAGGGAGUAUUUUUUUGAUAAAAAAA